AAAUGCAUUAAUAUUGACUUUAACUUCCAUUUGGUUUAUGUUAUGAAAUUUGUUUUUUGUUUUUUUAGUUCGAUAUUUGCCGCAUUUGCGACAAUGACUUGACUUAAAAGGCAAAAUAGAAUAUACAUUUGUUAAGAAUGGAUGCCGGUAAAAACAGAGCGUGACCCAAGGCAUCAUGGUUCUCAAGUCCACGAAAAGUGUUAAGAGACUUCUUAUUAGUGCGUUUUUGAUUUCUGCUUUCUUCACCUUUUCAUUUUGGAAGAGUGGCUCUGAAACAGAAACUAAAAGCAUCACUGUAGACCCUUGGGUAAAAAAACAUUGGACUCAUGUCAAAAUACUCUCAGACACUGCAAAUCAUUUACAAAACCACAAAAUAAUAAUGCUGUGGACAAAAUUCUUCGGCAUCACCGACUACGUGCCAAAAUAUUCUAGUUUAGGCUGUUCAACAAAUCAUUGUAUUGUUACGUCAAAUCGAGAUUAUUUAAACAGAAGUGAUGCUAUACUGUUCCAUUUGCGAGACAUCAACUUAAAAGAUAUGCCAUCUUUUAGAACGAAGAAUCAAGCUUGGGUUCUUUUACACCACGAAUCUCCUCCACACACGCCUGACAUUUUGAAGAAUCUUGAUGGACUCUUCAAUUGGACUGCCACCUAUCGGUAUGAUUCGGAAAUCAUACUAUCUCCAUUAGUAAAAAAGCAAACGACAAUUAUUUCAAAUCAUGUAAAUCAUUUCCGUAAUAAAAGAAGAAUGGUUGCGUGGCUCGUAAGUAACUGCAACACUCCUGGUAAGCGAGAAGAAUUCGUUAAAGAAUUGCAGAAUGUUAUUCCAGUUGAUAUUUACGGAACUUGCGGAAAAUUCACUUGCUUGCCAAAAAUGUCUGACGAUUGUUAUGAGAAGUUAGGGAAAAUUUACAAAUUUUAUUUGUCGUUUGAAAAUUCCAUUUGUAAAGAUUAUGCCACGGAAAAGCUUUUCCGCAUCCUAAGCACUGAUAUGGUGCCUGUGGUGUUUGGAGGAGCAAAUUAUUCGAAGGUUGCUCCACCUUUUUCAUACAUCGAUGCUUUAUCCUUCAAAUCUCCCAAAGAACUCGGUCACUAUUUACUACACGUUGCCAAAGAUGAAAAGAAAUAUAACAGCUAUUUUGAAUGGAAGAAAAGUUAUCGCUUAGAUUAUAAUGGACAUUAUGUAUGUCACAUUUGUAAAUUGCUAAAUCAACCAAAAAUUAAGCAUUCUAUCUAUCAUAAUAUCAGCAAUUGGUGGUUUAAGGAUGCCAACUGUCGAUCCUGGUCCCCUGAAAUGAAUGCAAGUUGAAGUGCGAGUAAUGUUUGAGGGUUAAAGUAUUUUCUAGUCAUUUAAUACUCAAUUAUAAUCUUAUAGUGUGAUAUGUACAAAAUAAAUAUAUAGUAUUUAUAUUUGCCAAAAUAAGCAGUAUUAAAACUAACCGUACAAUCAUCGCUUAUUGUUAUGAUGUUUAUUUAAGUGUCUUAAAAUUACUGUUCGAUAGUAAUUUUAAAAUAUAUAAUAUAUAGUAAUAAAUUUAUAACUUUAUGCUAAGCCAUCAACAAGACAAUUAGAACGAUUAUGGAAGAAAUAUAUUGACUGCGUAGUGUGGCAGAUAAGGUCUUGAUCAUCAACAUUCAUUUUAUAAUAUCAUUUUUCAUUAAUCAUGUCAUUAGAGCGAUCAUUCAUUUUUUUUUUUUUUUUU